UUGUUUCACUCCGCUGCCUACCCACGGGGACCUCAUCUGCCUCAUCUCCGCGCCGAACCUUUGCCAUUUCCCCCCCGACAUGCUUCUAAACCACAGGUGAAUCCAUCUCCCGCGCUCUCCUCUCCUCCAGCAACCACAAACCCCGCCAAACCGUACUUUAAAGCGCACUUGGGCUACUUUACUGCUUUUUGUCGGAGCCAUGUCGCGGAAGAAGGCAGUGAAAGGCAAGGGGAGCAGCGCCGCCAAGAGCCCCAAAGCGUCUCCGAGCGGCGGGCGAGCGGCCAAGGGUCUCGCCGUGGCGGGCUCCCCCUCCUCCGGCGUGGUUUACCCGAGCAGACCGUCCAUAAGCAACAGCGGGGAGUUUUAUGACAUCUCGUUUAAGGUGAUGCUGGUGGGAGAUUCCGGAGUGGGGAAGACGUGUUUGCUGGUUCGCUUCAAAGACGGAGCCUUUCUUGCCGGGAGCUUUAUCUCCACCGUGGGCAUCGACUUCAGGAAUAAAGUCCUGACCAUCGACGCAGUGAAGGUCAAACUGCAGAUCUGGGACACGGCCGGACAGGAGCGAUUCCGCAGCGUCACCCAUGCCUACUACCGAGACGCUCACGCUCUCCUCCUGCUGUACGACGUCACCAACAAAAGAUCUUUUGACAACAUCCGGGCGUGGCUCACAGAAAUCCACGAGUACGCCCAGCAAGAUGUGGUGGUCAUGCUUCUGGGGAACAAGGCUGACUCGUCGCACAGAGCCGUGAAGAGGGAGGAGGGCGAGAGGCUGGCCAAGGAGUUUGGAGUGCCCUUCAUGGAGACGAGUGCUAAAUCUGGACUCAACGUGGAGCUGGCCUUCACUGCUGUGGCCAGGGAGCUGAAGCACAGGACCAUGAAGGAGCCUGACGAGCCCAAGUUCCAGCUGCAGCAGUACGUGGACCGGGAGAUGAGGACGGUGGGGUGCUGUCGCUCGUAGGCAACUCCCAC